UCUAUAUAUCACAAAGAAAUUUGAAGUAGUAAUGUAAAGGUGGCUCCUUUUUCACGAAUCAAAGAAGAGACCGAUCAAGUUGUGACUAUUUUUGAUGAUGAAAAUCUCGAACCUUUUAACAUCUUCACGAGAUGUGUGGCCAGUGAAAAGAUUAUGGCUUUUUCAACUACGCUGUCUCUGCUCAUCGUCGUCUUCAUCGUCUUCUUCUUUGCUUUCUUCUGUGCCAAGCGAUGAUCACAUCGUCCGUCUCAUUCUAGAUCAGAAAUCAGCUUCUGGAGUUUUGGAAACUUUCCAGUGGGCUUCGACUUUUCCUGGGUUUAUUCAUUCUCGUUCCACUUACCGUGCUCUGUUUCAUAAACUUUGUGUUUUCCGACGUUUUGACACUGUCUACCAACUGCUCGAUGAAAUGCCUGAGUCGAUUGGUUUGCCUCCGGAUGAUGCUAUCUUCGUAACUAUCAUUAGAGGGUUUGGGCGUGCUCGGUUGACAAAACGUGUGAUUAGUGUCGUUGAUCUGGUUUCGAAAUUUGGGAUCAAACCAUCUCUGAAAGUUUUCAAUUCGAUUCUGGAUGUUUUGGUCAAGGAAGACAUUGACAUAGCUAGAGAGUUUUUCAGAAGGAAGAUGAUGGCUAGUGGGAUUCAAGGUGAUGAGUACACUUAUGGGAUUUUGAUGAAAGGGCUUUGUUUAACCAAUAGGAUUGCUGAUGCUUUCAAGCUCCUUCAGAUCAUGAAGACAAGCGGUGUGGCUCCUAACACUGUGGUAUAUAACACCUUGCUUCAUGCUCUUUGUAAGAACGGGAAAGUUGGGAGAGCUAGGAGUUUAAUGAGUGAGGUGAAGGAACCUAAUGAUGUCACUUUCAACAUCUUGAUAUCUGCUUACUGCAACGAGCAGAAGUUGAUUCAGUCAAUGGUAUUGCUGGAGAAAUGUUUUAGUUUGGGUCUUGUUCCCGAUGUUGUGACGGUAACUAAGGUGAUGGAAGUUCUCUGCAAUGAAGGCCGUGUGUCUGAGGCACUAGAGGUCUUGGACAGAGUGGAAAGCAAAGGAGGUAAAGUCGAUGUUGUAGCUUGUAACACCUUGGUUAAAGGGUAUUGUGCGCUAGGGAAAAUGAGAGUUGCUCAACGCUUCUUUAAAGAGAUGGAGAGAAAAGGUUACUUGCCCAAUGUGGAAACAUACAACUUGUUGAUUGCUGGGUUUUGUGAUGUUGGAAUGUUGGAUUCAGCUCUGGAUACUUUCAAUGAUAUGAAUACAGAUGCGAUUAGAUGGAACUUUGCUACAUUUAACACGUUGAUCAGAGGGCUUUCAGUAGGAGGGAGAACAGACGAUGGUUUAAAGAUAUUAGAACUGAUGCAGGACAGCGAAAACGUUCAUGGGGCCAGAAUUGAUCCGUACAACAGUGUCAUCUAUGGCUUUUACAACGAAAACCGCUGGGAGGAAGCUCUGGAAUUCAUGCUCAAUAUGGAGAAACUGUUUCCAAGGGCUGUUGACAGGAGCUUCAAGCUGAUAAGUUUAUGUGAGAAAGGUGGUGUGGAUGAUGUAAAGACGGAAUAUGAUCAAAUGAUUGGAGAAGGAGGUGUUCCAAAUGUUAUUGUAUCUCAUUGCUGUAUUCAUAGAUACAGCCAAGAAGGUAACAUGGAAGACACACUUGAGCUAAUAAACGACUUGGUGACCAGAGGCUAUUUGCCUCAAUCAUCAACAUUCAAUGCUGUGAUUAUUGGGUUCUGUAAGCAAGAUAAAGUCAUGAAUGGUAUUAAAUUUGUGGAGGAUAUGGCUGAGAGAGGUUGCGUUCCUGAUAAAGAAAGCUACACUCCGUUGCUCGAAGAUUUGUGCGUGAAGGGUGAUAUUCAGAAGGCUUGGUUAACUUUCUCACGAAUGGUGGAGAAGUGUAUUGUCCCUGAUUCUUCUAUGUGGAGUUCACUGAUGGUUUGUCUCAGCCAGAAAACAGAGUUCCACCUAAACACCUUAUUGCAGGAUAUAACCCAAAGUUAAAGCUAGAGGCAGUGACAACUUUGGAGCUCCACCUUGAAGUCUUGAUAGUGCUCCGCAAUAAAUAAAAUAAAUAGCUCCAAACUGGCGAGCAGAGAUAUCAAGAUGGUUCUUUUGAAAAUCUGUUAAAAGCUUUAAAGGAGAAGAAUUUUAAACACAUCA